AUGGCAUCACCACCACCAAGCGAAGCCCCAGCGGUUAAGAAACGCGGACGCCCGAAGAAAGUCGUAGCCGAGGAUGCGGGGGCAAUACCAGCGGUCGAAGCGAGCAAGGCGGCCGUGAAGAAGGUCGCUGCGAAGCCUGCUGGAAAGGCGAAACCCGUGGAAGUCAAGAAAGAGAAGAAGACGGUUGCGAAAAGCGCAAAGACGGUUGCUCCUCCUGCAACUCCUGCCGCGAAGAAAGAUGCGCCUCAGUCGCCAAUUGCGGCCGAACAACCCACGCCCGUCACGCCCUCCACAAGCAAGAUAUUAGAGGAGGUACAAGCGAAAGGGACGUUCAAGAAGGCACAGUCUGCUGCGAAGGUCGUGGAGAAGGUAGCGUCGAGUACGGACAAGAAGACUGCGGCGCCACAGCCCCAGACCCAAGAACCUACAACAAAACCAGCGUCCCCGCCGUCGAAACCAGCAGUAUCAGCAUCCACGAAGCCUCCUCCUCUAAAACCGACUACAGCCCCCACCACUCCACGCCCAACAACAAUCCCCCUCCCCUCACACCCCACAAAAGCACCCUCACCCAUCUCCCCACCACCUCCUCCAAACCCAUACCCACGCUUCUCCAAACCCACAACCUCCACCCGCCACAUACCGCCAAACCCCUAUCCAACAAGCAUCCGUCCCUCAAACCAACAAGCGCCUCCAUCUCCACCGCACCGCCAACACCCCACGCGCCUCAUCGAGCCCACGCCCGACAUCAGACUACCGCCUAAAUACAAGCCCGCGUCGCGCCGGGUGACGGCGAUAAUGGUGAGCCUGCCGAUUGUGUUGGUGUUUGGGUAUGAGUUGUUUGAGCGGUGGAGGGGGAAGGAGGUUAAGCAGGUUUUUAGGGAGACGGACGGGUCAACGAAUGAAUGA